CACCAUUUUCUCAGCCUAUAUAUAAGUCACCAUGUCAUUCCCGUCUAGUUCACGAAACAUAUUUGAUCAAGUUCUACAACCAGAGAUCCAAUAUAGUACCUUGCAUACUUGCAUAAAAAUUUGAAAGCAGAGAUGGAUGAAGCAAACAAGUGGGAAGGCUAUGUAGACUGGAAGAAUGGACCUGCCCUAAGGGGUCGUCAUGGCGGCGUGCUUGCUGCCUCCUUCAUCUUGGUCGUGGAGGUACUAGAGAAUCUAGCAUACCUGGCAAAUGCAAGUAACCUUGUGCUAUACCUGUCCAAGUUCAUGCAUUUUUCUCCAUCCAGCUCCGCCAACAUUGUUACCAAUUUUAUGGGAACAGCCUUCCUCCUUGCUCUACUUGGUGGCUUUCUGGCAGAUGCCUUAUUCACCACCUAUCGAAUCUAUUUGAUAAGUGCUGCAAUAGAAUUCACGGGCCUGUUAGCACUCACAGUCCAAGCUCGCUUCACUUCACUGAAACCACCACCAUGUGUUCCAGCAAACACAAUCAUCUCAUGUGAACAGGUUCAUGGGGGGAAAGCAGUGAUGUUAUUUGCAGGCCUCUAUCUAGUGGCACUGGGUGUUGGAGGAAUAAAAGGUUCACUUCCCCCACAUGGCGCCGAGCAGUUUGAUGAAACUACCCCACAAGGAAGAAAGCAGCGAUCAUCAUUCUUUAAUUACUAUGUUUUCUGCCUCUCUUGUGGGGCUCUGAUAGCAGUGACUUUUGUGGUAUGGAUUGAAGACAACAAAGGAUGGCAAUGGGGUUUUGGGAUCUCCACUGCAACUAUACUUCUCUCCAUCCCAAUCUUCCUCCUUGGAUCCCCAGUGUAUAGGAACAAAGUUCCAAAGGGAAGCCCCAUCACAACCAUAUUCAAGGUUCUCGUUGCAGCAAUUUAUAACACCUGCAAAGCAGGGAAUCCAAGCAAUGCUGUCAGGGGCAUGGACAGAAGCUCAUCAUACACCACUGAGGCCAGUGAGGGAGAGGAUAGUCAUGCCAAAAAGGGGGCACCAAGUGAAACUCCGGGGGAAAGUUUAAAGUUUCUCAAUAGAGCAGUGAUGAACAAGACUAUAAACCCAAUGCUUCAAUGCACAGUAAAGGAUGUAGAAGAGGUUAAGAUAGUGCUAAGGAUAGUCCCCAUCUUCAUGUCUACCAUAAUGUUAAACUGCUGCCUCGCUCAACUCUCCACCUUUUCUGUCCAACAAGCUUCAACCAUGAAUACCAAGCUUGGUUCCUUGAAAGUCCCACCAGCUUCUCUCCCUGUCUUCCCUGUCAUCUCCAUCAUGAUGCUGGCACCAAUUUAUAAUCAUAUUAUCAUUCCAUUUGCGAGGAAAGUUACAAAAUCUGAAAUGGGGAUCACUCAUUUGCAAAGAAUAGGGACAGGGCUAGUCCUCUCCACUGUGGCAAUGGCAGUGGCAGCGCUAGUAGAAAUCAAGCGAAAAGGAUUGGUGGCCAAUUAUCAACUAACAAAUUCAGCUGAAGCUCUACCCAUCACAUUCCUUUGGAUAGCCUGGCAGUACUUGUUCCUUGGAUCAGCUGAUCUUUUCACCUUAGCUGGCAUGAUGGAAUUCUUCUUCACAGAAGCCCCUACAAGCAUGAGAUCUUUGGCUACAUCUCUCUCCUGGGCCUCACUGGCAAUGGGAUACUACCUCAGUUCUGUGCUUGUGUCAAUAGUCAAUGCUGUGACUGGUGCCUGCAGACACACACCAUGGCUAUUUGGAAACAACUUGAAUCAUUAUCACCUGGAGCGGUUUUACUGGUUGAUGUGCAUAUUAAGUGGAUUGAACUUCUUGCAUUAUCUAUUCUGGGCUUGCCGCUACAGAUACAAAUCAACAAAGCCUGAUGACGAAUAAAAAACUUCAAUUGCACAAGUCACUAGAUGUCUACUUGUCUUGCCAGAGAGAGAGAGAGAGAGAGAGAGAGAGUGAGUGUGUAUAAAGAUGGUAUCAGAAUUCCGUCCUGUAUGAUUCCUGAUAAAAUUUUCUUAUUAUCCCUAGUUACAUAUAGCUUUAGAACAAGCCACCAAUCAACAUACAUAAAAUUUGCCCAUGUAAUACGAAUUCUGAUGCUCGCAUCUUAUGAAUAGUCUCUCAUCCAAAUAAAUAAUGGCUCCCAAAUGAGUGAAAUAAACUACUUGUUAUAAUUC